AAAAAAAAAAAAAAAAAACAAAAACAAAAAGGGCUGAAUCAUGUAAAAGAUCCAAAUCCGAAAUCAAUAACAAGAGAAGAGAAGAGAAGAGAAGGCAGCCAAGUCCACCACCCGAGGACUCCAAGUCUGAUCACGUCUUACCCCUCAGCGGAGAGUCUCAGACGACGAGACGAGAAUGGCCGGAAUCCGAUUGGGCCCUGAUGACUCAGAGAUAUCGCAGCAGAGCCGAGGAGCUGCUCCGGCCGAUCUUAUCUCAGACGACGAUCGCUCCGUCGCCGCGGACUCGUGGUCCAUCAAGAGCGACUAUGGGAGCACUCUCGACGACGACCAACGCCACGCUGAUGCUGCUGAGGAUCUCUCCGCCGCUAACCUCCGCGCCCCCUCCGAUUACAGCUCUGACAAGGAGGAACCGGAUUCUGAUGGGAUGACAUCAAUGCUAGGCCUUCAGAGUUAUUGGGAUGCUGCCUAUGCAGAUGAGCUGGUUAAUUUUCGUGAACAUGGGCAUGCUGGUGAAGUUUGGUUUGGAGCUGAUGUCAUGGAAGUUGUUGCAUCUUGGACCAAAACAUUAUGCAUUGAUGCUUCUCAAGGUCGCAUGCCAAAUCAUGUUGAUAAUAGCAAGUCUGAAUCAGCUGAACAAGGUUACAAGUUUCUUUCAGGUUGGAGUGUACUUGACAUUGGGACUGGCAAUGGAUUGCUUCUUCAAGAACUUUCCAAGCAGGGGUUUUCUGAUUUAACAGGAAUUGAUUAUAGUGAAGGGGCAAUUGACCUUGCUCGAAACCUUGCUGACCGUGAUGGAUUACCCAAUAUUCAUUUUUUGGUUGAUGAUAUUCUAGAGACGAAGUUGGAACAACAGUUUCAACUUGUUGUAGACAAAGGAACCUUAGAUGCCAUUGGAUUGCAUCCAGAUGGUGCUAUAAAAAGGAUAAUAUAUUGGGAUUCAGUUUUGAGAUUGAUGGCUCCUGGUGGAAUAUUAGUAAUCACAUCAUGUAACAGCACUAAAGAAGAAUUAGUGCAAGAAGUGGAAAAUUUCAAUCAAAGGACUGGUGUGACCCAAGAUCAAGAAGGAUGCAAAGAUACGGCUCCUCAGCUUCAAUACCUUAAUCAUGUUCGCACAUAUCCAACAUUCAUGUUUGGUGGAUCCGUAGGAUCACGGGUUGCCACUGUGGCAUUUCUCCGGAAUUGAGUCUUUGCAAGUUGUAGUUAACUGAUCAAUAACAGUGGAUGCAUUUGUGUUUGCAUGUCGUAAAAUUGAAACUUACUUUCAGUGACUUCUUUUAGUUUGGAAAAGAGUAAAAAAGUCUGAUUCAUUUUGAGCUA